AUGGCAAAAGCACACCUGCAAAACUACACACAUGCACAGGUGUAUGAGGUGAUGGACAAACUGUCUCUCUAUGAGUGUGCGCACACCAAACGACUCCAACUUUUUGCCCCAGAGUGUGGAUUGUUCCCUGCUGUACUGAACCUGGCGACCAUGGCAGACAUAACAGCCAAUGCUACCUGUGGUUCAUUGGGUCCAGAGAUGUUCUGUAAGCUGGUAGAACAUGUACCAGGUCAGCCUGUGAGAAACCCACAGUGUCGAAUCUGCAACCAAAAGAGUGAAAAUCAGUUUGAGCGUCAUCCCAUAAAAUAUGCCAUAGACGGGACCAACCGUUGGUGGCAAAGUCCCUCCAUCAAGAAUGGAAUGCAGUACCACUAUGUUACUGUAACGCUGGACUUGAAACAGGUUUUCCAAAUAGCCUAUGUGAUUAUUAAGGCGGCCAACUCACCUCGUCCGGGUAACUGGGUCUUGGAGCGUUCGAUAGAUGGUGUGACCUUUACACCCUGGCAGUACUACGCCCUCACAGAUACAGAGUGCCUGACCCGGUUCAACAUUUAUCCAAAGACAGGACCUCCAUCUUACGCCACGGAUGAUGAAGUUAUCUGCACAUCUUAUUAUUCAAAGAUCCACCCUCUGGAGAACGGAGAGAUCCACACGUCUUUAAUCAAUGGACGUCCCAGUGCCGAUGACCCCUCCCCGACUCUGCUGAACUACACCUCUGCCCGCUACAUCAGGUUGGUGUUUCAGCGAAUCAGAACGCUGAACGCCGACCUCAUGACUCUGACACUUCAUGACCCCAGAGAUAUCGAUCCAAUCGUGACGAGACGGUACUACUAUUCCAUUAAGGACAUUUCAGUUGGAGGAAUGUGUAUCUGUUACGGCCAUGCCAAGGCUUGUCCCCUCGACGCUUUUACAAAGAAAUUCAGCUGUGAAUGUGAACACAACACAUGCGGGCCGAGCUGUGAUCGUUGUUGCCCUGGUUACAACCAGCAGCCCUGGAUGGCAGGAACCUUCCUCACUCGACAUGUCUGCGAGAAGUGUAACUGCCACGGUAAAGCAGAGGAAUGCUACUUCAAUCAGACUGUAGCCGAUCAAGCUCUCAGCCUGGACAUCCACGGCCAUCACAGAGGAGGAGGAGUCUGUAUCGGUUGCCUUGACAACACAGAUGGUGUCAACUGUCAGAGCUGUGUGGCAGGAUACUAUAGACCUCUUGAGGUGAGCGCUGAGGAUGAAAACCCCUGCGUCCCCUGCUCAUGUGACCCACAUGGUUCUAUCAGCCAAUAUUGUGUCGCAGAUUCCAGCCAGGCCACGCCCAGCCAGCCAGCAGGGUCAUGCCGGUGUAAGGAGGGUUUUGGGGGUUUAUCGUGUGACAGGUGUGCUGUUGGUUAUAUGGGCUACCCGUCAUGUCAGCGCUGUAAUUGCAGCAUGGAGGGAAGCACCAACACUGACCCGUGUAUAACACCCUGCGUGUGCAAGGAAAAUGUGGAGGGAGAGAAUUGCGACCGCUGUAAACUGGGAUUCUACAAUCUUCAAGGUGACAAUCGACGUGGCUGCGAAAAGUGCUCUUGCAUGGGCGUUUCCAGUCAGUGCUCUGCCUCCACAUGGACUUAUGAGAAUGAAACCACUCUGACAGGCUGGCACUUGAUUGGAGAAACAGGAGGAAGAGUGUGGUCUGUUCACAGACAGACGCCUCCUUAUCUCAGCGCCCGACACUCAGAUGUUGUGAACGAUCUUGGCUCCGCCUACUACUGGAACGCACCUGGACUAUUCCUGGGAAACAAGCUUUCAGCCUAUGGAGGGGGUGUGGUCUACACUGUGUCGUAUACUAUAGACCAACGAGAACAAAUAGCCAUUAGGGUCACUUCAGAACCUGACCUCAUCAUAGAGGGUGGCGGGUUCAAGAUUAUUGACAGAAGGUAUGGCCAACCGGUGUACCCGUCGUCACCGAGCACCAAUCACAUCGCUCUCCUUCCUGAGAACUUCCUGUCAUCAGAGACAAAAGAGCCUAUCAGUCGCAGGGAUUUCUUGUCUGUGUUGGCCAAUGUGAGCAGCGUGAUGGUGCGGGCCUCUUAUAGCACUGACCUCAGUGCUGUGUACAGACUCCACUUAUUCUCAAUGCAGGUAGCAAAUCCCUCAGCCAGCGGACAGAGCACAGCAUCGGCUGUAGAAAUUUGCUCUUGUCCUCCUGGAUAUGCUGGAAACUCAUGUGAGGAGUGUAUUCUUGGUUUUCGGAGGGUUAACGGGAUUCUGUAUAACGGUGUGUGUGAAGCUUGUCGUUGCCACGGACAUAGUACACAAUGCCACGAGGUCACAGGACACUGCCUGGACUGUUCCCACCACACCACAGGCCCCCACUGUGACACCUGCCAACAUGGUUACUAUGGCAACGCCACCCGUGGGUCACCUGCAGACUGUCAGCUCUGCGCUUGCCCACUCAAUCUGCCUGGCAACAACUUCAGCCCCACCUGCCACCUGGGGGAAGAAGGGGAGUUGCUGUGCGACCAGUGUCAGCCUGGAUACACAGGACCACGAUGUGACAGAUGUUCCAAUGGAUAUUACGGCCAGCCCACCGUGCCAGGAGGCUCCUGUCAGCCCUGUGAUUGCCAUGGCAACCUGGACCUAUCCGUACCCGGCAGCUGUAAUCCAAUCACAGGCCAGUGUCUGCGCUGUCGCCAGGGUUACGGCGGUGCGGCUUGCGACAAUUGCGCUGAAGGUUACUAUGGAGACGCCAUCACAGCAAGGAACUGCCAACCCUGCCAGUGCCAUGCUAACGGCUCUGUAUCUGAACUCUGCAAUAAGGAGAACGGCCAGUGUCAGUGCAGAGAAAAUGUGGUUGGACGACAGUGUGAUGAGUGUGUGCCUAACUGCUGGUGGGAUGCUGAGCGUCAGGAGUGUAUGCCUUGUCGCUGCAGCCCUCACGGCUCUAUUUCUCAACGCUGUGAUGUUGAGGGACGCUGCAUCUGUCGUCCCGGCUUUGUUGGCCGACGCUGUGACCUGCGUCGCCAAGGCUAUGAGAGACGGGAGACACGUCGGCCCGUGGAGCGCAUUCCCAUGGCAGCUGUGCAGCAGAGAUGGGGUGGCGCGUCCCGAACAGGGGGUUGUCCCAGGGGGGCGUACAGACCUAAGACAGGGCCUCAGACCCACGGCAUUACCACAGGCGGACAGUGUGUCCCGUGUCACUGUAACUCAUUUGGUUCCAAGUCGUUUGACUGUGAUGAAAACGGUCAGUGUCGGUGUCAGCCGGGCGUUACUGGACCCAAAUGUGACCGCUGCUCACGAGGAUUCUUCAACUUCCAGGAGGGCGGCUGCACACCUUGCCAGUGCAGUCAUGUGGGCAAUAACUGCGAUGCUACUACGGGACAGUGUAUCUGUCCUCCAAACACCAUCGGCGAGAGAUGUGACCGCUGUGCUCCCAACCACUGGGGCCACGACAUCAUGACUGGAUGCAAGGAGUGUGGUUGCAGUGAGGUCGGCUCAGUGAACCAGCAGUGCCAUGUCAACACAGGCUGCUGCAUCUGUCGUGACUCCUUCAGAGGAGAGAAAUGCAACGAAUGUCAGCUGGGGUACAGAGACUUUCCUCAGUGCACCCGGUGCGAGUGUAACGUCGCAGGAUCCGACAGCCAGACCUGCGACCUGGAGAGAGGAGUGUGUGCCUGCGCGGAUCGGACGGGGAAGUGUAGCUGCAAGGAAAAUGUGGAGGGACAAGACUGUGACCGCUGUAAGCCAGACACAUUUGGGUUGUCAGUACGAAAUCCAAUGGGCUGCAGCAAGUGUUACUGUUAUGGACUGACACAUACCUGCACAGAGGCACAGGGUCUCAUCAGGAUGUGGGUGACACUGAAGCCAGAGCAGAAUGUGCUCCCCCUGGUGGAUAAAUCCAACACCGUGGAGACAAGGAGAGGGGUGAGCUUCCAGCACCCUGAGAUCCUCGCCCAUUCAGAACUGGUCACCUCAACUCUCUCUGAACCUUACUACUGGAAACUGCCAGAGCAGUUCAGAGGCUCCAUGAUCACAGCGUACGGUGGGCAGUUGAAAUAUGCAGUGUAUUAUGAGUCCAGAGACGAAACUGGUCCUUCUUCAUACGAGCCUCAGGUCAUCGUUAAGGGCGGCCCCAACCGUAACGUAGUGAUGACACGCCACAUACCAGGACUCCAGAUUGGCCAGCUCACACGCCACGAGAUCGACAUGACAGAGCAUGAGUGGAAGUAUGCAGAUGGGCGGUCUAUGACUCGAGAGGACUUCAUGGACAUUUUGUUCUAUGUGGACUACAUCCUAAUUAAGGCAUCACACGGAAACUUAAUGAGACACAGCCGUAUUUCAGAGAUCAGUCUAACAGUGGCAGAGGAAGGCAGACCCACCAAAGAGAGCGAGAAAGCCCAUCAGAUAGAAAAGUGUGAAUGUCCAGCUGGAUACUCGGGACUUUCCUGUGAGGAGUGUGCUGCAGGUUUCUACCGUCUUCGCAGCGGUUCCCUGGCAUCUGCUCCAGCGUCCAGUGUGCCCACCGCUGCUGGUAUGGGCAGCUGUGUUCAGUGCCAAUGCAGUGGGCACUCAUCCACCUGUGACCCUGAGACAUCCAUAUGCCAGAACUGUCAAGACAACACGGAGGGUGAUCGGUGUGAACGCUGCGCUCCAGGAUUCUACGGCGUGGUCCGAGGUUUCCCAGACGACUGUAAACCCUGUGCCUGCCCCCUUACCAACCCAGAGAACAAUUUUAGUCCAUCCUGUGUAGCUGAGGGGUUCGAUGACUACCGAUGUACAGCUUGUCCUGAGGGAUAUGAGGGCAAAUACUGUGAGAGGUGUUCUACCGGUUACCAUGGUAACCCGCAGAUGCCUGGUGGUCACUGUGAGGAGUGUAAGUGUUCCUUGUGGGGGGCACUUCCCGGACCAUGUGACUCUGUCACCGGCCAAUGCCGUUGCAGGGUCGGGGUAUCUGGGAGGUCGUGUGACCAGUGCAUGGAGAGGCAUGUGUGUGGAGCAGCUGGAAUCAUCUCUUGUGAUGAUGAGUGCACGGGUCUGUUGAUCAGCGACAUGGAUCGCCUGUAUCGCAUCAUCACUGAUGUCACCCUGACCACGCCCCUCCCACCACCCUAUAAGAUCCUGUACCGCUUUGAGAACAUGACAGAGGAACUCAAGCACAUGCUGUCGCCUCAGAAAGCUCCAGAGAGAUUACUGCAACUAGCCGAUUCCAACCUGGGAUCACUGGUUGUCGAGAUGGACCAGCUACACAGCAGGGCCACUAAGGUGUCUGCUGAUGGAGAGCAGGUUGAAGAUGAUGCUGACAGGAUUCAUAAACGAGCUGAGGACCUGGAGCAGUUCAUCAGGGAUACACUGCUGGGAGCUAAAGACCUCCAGUUGAAGGCUGCCGAGUUGAACCAGACACUCUCGCGGAGAGAUGGAACUCCAGACAAAAGCCUGAAGGAGAUGAAGGAGGAGAUCCAGGCCAUGCUAGCCGAGAUGAGAAAACGACAGCUGGGAGGGAAGAAGAGCAUUGCCGAGGAGGAGUUGGGCCUAGCAGAGGAGUUGUAUCAGAAAGUGAAGAGAAUGUUUGGUGAUCCCCAUCAGGCCACAGAAGACCUGAAAGCAGAGAUAAAAGGGAAGCUCUCCGACCAUGAGGGGAAGCUCCAGGAGGCCCAGGAUCUACUUCACACUGCCCAGGGAAAGACGAGGCAGGCCGGCUCACUGUCUGAACAAAACCAAGCUAACCUCACAGCUUUGGAGAGGAAGCGUUCUGCAGUUAGCGGGGUGAAACAGGAAGCACAGGAGGUCCUUGGAGAAGGAGAACGUCUACUGGGCGAAGCAAACCAGCUUUCUGACAACAUCAACAAGGAGCUAGAGGACUUGGAGGAGAUGGGAAAAGAACUCAAUCCUCUUCAUGACCAGCUGGAUGUUAAAGUCACACGCCUCACCGAUGGUUUGAGUGACGGCAGCCUGGCCAAUCACGUACACGAUGCAGAGGAACACGCCAAACAGCUGAAUGACUCUGCCGCCCUUUUGGAUGGUAUUUUGGCUGAUGCUAAGAAUCUCUCCUUCAAUGCAACAGCUGCCUUCAAGGCUUAUAGUAACAUUAAAGCAAAUGUUGAUGCAGCAGAGAAAGAGGCAAAAGCAGCCAGACAGACGGCUCAUGAAGCACUAGUACUGGCUUCAGGUUUACAGGUCCCAAUGAGGGAAGAAGCUCAAGGUGCUCUUCAGAAGAGUCAUGAACUGCUGAACCAAGCUAAGCAACUUCAAAAUGAUGUGAAAGAGAAUUCAGAUAGUGUGGCCGGGCUGAAGGGCAGAGUGAAAGCAGCGAGAGACAAAACCAAAGACCUGCUCAAAUCUGUCAACGGAACCAUGGCAACCCUCAACGCUAUCCCCAAUGAUACAGCAGUUAAACUAGCAGCCACAAAGGUUGUAGCAGCUGAAGCAAAUGCCACGGCCAUAGACGUCCUGGAGCGCCUCGGGGAUUUGAACCUGCAACUCCAAGGCAUACAGAGGAACUACAGCGAGCUGGAGGACACUGUCAAUGCAGCCAAUCAGAUGAUCCAAGACCCAGAGAAAGACACUAUAAUCCAUGCUGCAGGAGCCAAAGUCAAAGAUUUAGAGGAUGAAGCUGAUAGGCUGUUGGAAAAGCUGCAGCCAAUCAAAAAGCUGCAGGAUAAUUUGAGCCGAAACAUCUCACAAAUCAAGGAACUGAUCAAGCAAGCCAGGAAACAAGCUAACUCAAUCAAAGUUUCAGUGUCGUCAGGUGGGGACUGUCUCCGUAGUUACCGCCCUGAUAUCUUAAAGGGGAUUUACAACACCAUCAUCCUUCACGUCAAAACCACCACACCUGAUAACCUGCUCUUCUACCUGGGAUCAGCCAAAUAUGUUGAUUUCUUGGCCUUGGAAAUGCGCAAGGGGAAGGUGAAUUUCCUUUGGGAUGUGGGUUCAGGCAUAGGGAUGGUUGAAUACCCACAUCACACCAUCUAUGAUGGGAACUGGCACAGAAUAGAGGCGUCACGUAAUGGGUUGAAUGGAACCAUAUCAGUAUAUCCUCUGGAAGGCUCCAAGGCUGGUAUGAUGCCGACCCCGGCCAGUGCCAACUCGCCCACAACCUACACCAUCCUGGACGUGGACCAGAACGCCUACCUGUUUGUGGGAGGAAUAUUCGGCAAAGUCAAGAAUGCAGAUGCUGUAAGAACGAAAACAUUCACAGGCUGCAUGGGGGAGACUUUCUUGGAUGGUAAACCUAUCGGACUGUGGAACUACAGAGAGAGAGAGGGAGACUGUAAAGGAUGUGUUGAGAGUCCCCAGCGUUCAGAUGUUGAGGGGACUGUCCAGCUGGACGGGGAAGGCUACGCUGCAGUGGUACAACGCGCGAAGUCGAACCCCAACAAAUCCAGCGUUACCUUCAAAUUCAGAACUUUCUCCUCUGAAGCUCUGCUCAUGUAUCUGGCCUCUGAAGAUAUGAAGGACUUUUUGUCCCUGGAGCUGUCAGAGGGCAAGGUGAAGGUGAACUGUGACCUCGGGUCAGGGGUCGGUAGUGCCAUAUCAGCUAACCGGCACAAUGACGGCCGCUGGAAAUUCCUCACCAUGUCACGAGACAAGAAACAAGCCACGGUGACUGUCGUGGACAUUGACAGCAGUGCUGAGGAGAAGCUAGUGGCCAUAUCUCUGGGUUCGGCUACUGGUCUGAACCUCAAGGAAAACCAGACAAUCUAUUUUGGAGGGCUUCCUACCAUUGGAAACUACAGCAUGAAAGCCAGGCCAGAGAUCACUCUGAAGCGUUAUGCAGGCUGUCUUCGGGAGAUUGAAGUGUCCAGAAAGCCGUAUAAUCUCCUCAGUAAUUCAGAUUAUAAUGGAGUCACUAAAGGAUGUAACUUAGAGAAACUGCACACAGUCAGUUUCUCUAAGCCAGGAUAUAUGGAGCUGAGUGGCCUAUCGCUGGCGAUCAAAACUGAGAUCAGCCUGUCAUUCAGCACUCUGGCGGACACAGGGACCAUACUGUUGGCAGUAGGAGGGGUUCCACCAAUCAGCCAGCAGACCCGGAAAAAGAGGAAACGCAGACAGUCAGCAGAGCCCUACCUCUCGGUCAUUCUGAGCAAAGGCUCUCUGGAGGUUUUUGUGAAUACCGGCAGCCACAGUACAGGCCGUGUCAUCAGACUGCCUGAGCAAGGCAUCCUGAAUGAUGGAAGAGAGCACUCCCUGCGCAUCAAAAGACUACCUGACAGAUCAUUUUCAGUUCAAGUAGAUGAGGAGGCCAAAAGUCACACGCGGCUUCCCAACAACCAGCCUGUAAACUUGCAGCGUAUCUUCCUCGGUGGAAUUCCUGCAGAAGUAAAGCAUAUAUCCAACAUCCCAUUCCAGGGAUGUAUAUGGAACCUUAUGAUCAACUCUGUUCUCUCAGAUUUCUCCCAACCCGUUUCGUUUGAGAACGCCGAAAUUGGCCAGUGCCCGAACCUCGCCCCACCGCCACCACUACCUCCUCUGCCAGAAGAAGAAAAGGAGCCCGAAAAGGAAAAAGAAGAGUCGAAACCAGACAGCCCUCCAUUGACCCCUGCCCCUGCCACACCACCUCCAGGGCCUCCCGUUGAGGCCACGCCCCCUGCCGCACCUGCUGUCACACCUGCUGCUGCUGCAGCCACUACCACUGCUAAGCAGGAGCCCAGCACUGACGCGGAUUCAUGUGCGUCAGCUGUGGCCCCGACAGCACUGGAGGAAGCCUAUCAGUUUGGACUGACCAGGAACAGCCACAUGAGCUUCGCCUUUGAUUACAACAAAGUCAGAGAGAGGUUAAUAUUGGAGCUUGAUCUGAGAACUAAAGAAGAGUCUGGGCUUGUUCUCUACAUGGCAAGAGUCAACCAUGCUGACUUUGUUUCCAUACAGAUCAAGGACGGACAGUGUUGUCUGGGUUAUGAUCUUGGUCAUGGAAACAUAUCUGACUGUGUGCCCUUCUCCAUCAAUGAUGGGAACUGGCACAAGAUCCAUCUGACUCGUACCAAGCAGAGAGGUACACUCAAGGUUGAUGGAAAAUACAGUAAAAUGAUGACGAGUCCCAAGACGGCUGACCAGUUAGACGUGGUGGGAACGCUCCAUAUUGGUGGAUUGCCCAAAAACUAUACCACCAAGAGGAUAGGACCGAUUGUCUACAGUAUCAAUGGAUGCAUUCGUAACUUGAGGAUGGCGGGAGCAGGUCAUACUGAGGCUGUCCUUGAGGAAUUUAAGAUAAACAUGGCUACACCAACCUCCAGUCUCAUGGUGGGAAGUUGCUUUGUCUCUACUGAGACAGGAACGUACUUUGACGGCACUGGCUACCUGAAAGCAGUCUCCAGCUACAAAGUGGGUCUGGAUGUGUCGAUAGCAUUGGAGUUCAGAACCAGCAUAACCAGUGGAGUGCUAUUGGCCAUCAGUAACCAAGCCAAUGAUGGACUGGGAUUAGAGAUCGUCCAGGGCAAGCUACUUUUCCACGUUGACAACGGAGCUGGACGAAUCACAGCAGAGCACAUGCCUGAGGGAGAGGGCUUCUGUGAUGGCAAAUGGCACUCUGUCAUUGCCAAAAAACUUCGCCACAAGGUGGAGCUAGUGGUCGAUGGGACGACAAGCCAAGCUGAGAGUCCGAACGCACGAUCUAACACCUGUGACACCAACGACCCCAUCUACGUUGGAGGAUACCCAGGUGGAGUUCGUCAGGCAGCUCUCUCAACCAGCACUUCCUUCAGAGGUUGUAUGAGGAACCUGAAGAUCACCAAAGCUGCUAAGACCAUGGACGUGCAUUUCAACAAGGCUCUGGAGAUCAAAGGAGUCCAGCCUCUCUCCUGUCCUGCUGUAGCUGCCUAAAUGAUACCAUAGAGCCUACCCCCUGUUAUUGUUUCUCUUAAUACUUCUGUAAGGAGCCACACAGGUCCGUGAAGUGGAGAAAUCUUGGUCUUUGAAGCAGGGCUGGAUACAAAGUUUAUAUAACAAUAAUUCAAUCAUAUCCAACUGAGUAAGAAAAUGCAACUAUAAUGCAGAUUCAUCCUGUUUGUCAAAAUGACUUUCCCUGUCAGGUGUGAUCAAUGGCUAGGAUCUCAGCUUGUACUCACCUAUAUUAAAAUAUAAAAUAUCAAAAGACAUUUGCAAAUUUCAAGUCUUAGUCUUGCUGCCAUUUGGGGAUACCAGCAUGCAAAGUUGCCUUGUGACAUUUUCAAAGUACAAGAUAAAUAAAAUAACUCUCAAAAACUUUUUUUUUUCUUGGCAGUAAAUUCCUUAAAUUCUCUAUUUUUUGGCUGAGAGGUGCAGUGUAAGGUCAAAAAAGGCUAAAUCAUUUCUUUACUAAUGUUCACCUUUAUUAAGGAAUACUCCACACAGAAAUGAACACUGUGUGUUCUCAUUAGCUUUUUCAACCAAAUCACAGAUGGAAUACAGCUCUUCAGAGUUUAAAAAAAAGACCAAAAACAACUAUAAAAGCAGCAAAGACAAAAUAGCUUAAGUCUAAUUAAACUAAUUUAAAAUAAUUGAAGUCAUUAAAUCCAAGCAGUUGCAUGAAGACCACACUGAAGUUGAAUAACUGAGUGAUGUGACUAAAUUGUUUGAUAGUAGAUUUGCGAGGAAAGCCAAAUGGAGCACAUUUUUGGGUGCAAUAUUCCUUUAACAUUCUACAAUUCAUUACCCUCAGAUCGAAUUGGACACCCUCAAGCUGGGGCUGGAAUUAUUUGUUAAUGCAAAGAAAUGUUAAUGACAAAAUUGAAAGGUACAAGGUUUCUGCAGGACACUAAUGGCAUCUCGUGUUCUGCAUGGUGUGACUGAAGAUAUUUAAUCAGCGGAUUACAGAAAUAUAUUUCUUGAUAGCAUCUCACAGAUAGUCUUGUCCUUCUUUAAACAGAUAAUGUUGACAUGAAUUCUUGGACAUUUUUGAGGAUGUUUUUGGACACAUAAAUAAAUAAUAAUGGAUUUUGUCAGUACAUUUUUAAGGUAAACAUUCUGAUUAAGGAUUGAUUCCUACAAUUGAUUGUUAAUAAAAAAGACUAAAUUUGAAGAAAAAACAGAAGGUGCUGCUUCUGGGAAAUUCCACCAGGUGGUGCUAUUGUAAACGUUUUCAGAGGCAUUGUCAAUGGUGCACCAUUAU